AAGAAUACUGGCCUAACCUGUGUUUGUAAUUUUCCCGAGCAGGAUGUCGUUUUUAACCGAAACUACAGACUAUGAUAACUUUGACCCCCAGGCCUACAUUGGUGAUCGCGGAUUUUCUUUUGGUGACGAGGCAGAGAAGAAGAUUCUUCUAUUUAAUGUGGACGCUCUUCACGAUAUCUUUCAUUCAGGUGCAGUAAGGGGCCAUAACUUAUUGGAUGUAGGGACUGGGCCGACCAUCCGUACCAUACUCAGUUCAUGUGGUCACGUUGAUAAUAUCUAUCUCAGUGACGUCAAUAAGCAAAGUCGCGACCUCUUGAAUGAUUGGUGGAAAAGUGAACAAACGUCUGAACAAGAAUUAACGGACUAUGUCUUAAAGAAAGAGAAUGCAAGAAAUUCCAUUGAAGAAAGACAGCAAAUGAUGAAGACAAAGAUUCGUGGAAUUCUUCCAAUUGACGUUAGAUCUGGAAAUCCUCUAGGGAAUGGAAACCAUCCUCUCCAGUUUGAUGUAAUUACGACAAGUCUAUGUUUAGAAUCAGCUUCGCAGACUUUGGAAGAGUACCAUAAGAACGUACAAAAUGUGGCUUCUUUGCUGAAAGUUGGUGGUCAUUUGAUUGUACUGGGUGCCUUCAACAUCCCACAUUAUGAUGUAGGGCACUUCAAAUUCCAGUGUGUCCCUCUAUCUCAAAAUAGCAUCGGUCAAAUAUACACAGAAUGUGGAUUCGAUAUAGUCAAAUGCACUCAAACGGUAGUGAGUGAAGGCGGAAAAUGGAAUCCAUCCUCGUCCAGCGAAAGUUUUGCAAUGCUUGCUAUCAAAAAGAAAUAGAUUAUUUAUUCUUUGCUGAUGU